CUUAGCAAGAUCAAUCUCCAUCUCUCCUUCUCCAUAUCUGUAAUCUGGGUUCUGUCUCUUCUGUGCAAUUCUUGCUUUCUCUGAUUGUGUCAGGGACACUUUCGUUGUUGGUAUGGUGGAACUGGCAGCUCGGAAACAUGUUCAUUUCAUUCUAUCGAAAGCAAAGGAAAAGGACUCUUAUGAAUCAGUUCUGAUGGAACAUAUAAGAUUGAACGGGGCAUACUGGGGUUUGACCACUCUUGACCUUCUUGGAAAGCUUGACACUGUCGAUGUCAAUGAAGUUGUUUCGGAAGUUCUUCAGUGCCAGCACGAAUCAGGUGGUUUUGGUGGUAACAUAGGACAUGACCCACACAUACUGUAUACCUUAAGUGCUGUCCAGGUUUUGGCGUUAUUUGACAAGAUUGAUGUAUUGGAUAUCAACAAGGUUGCAAAUUAUGUAGCUGGGCUGCAAAAUGAAGGUGGCUCAUUUUCUGGGGACAUGUGGGGUGAAAUUGACACGCGGUUUUCAUAUAUUUCUAUCUGUUGUCUAGCAUUACUACAUCGUUUGGAUAAAAUUAAUGUGGAGAAGACUGUGGACUACAUUUUGAGCUGUACAAAUCAUGAUGGUGGAUUUGGAUGCACGUCUGGUGGGGAGUCUCAUGCCGGUCAAAUUUUUUGUUGUGUGGGUGCUCUUGCUAUUACGGGAUCUCUACAUCGUAUUGAUAAGGACCUUCUUGGAUGGUGGUUGUGUGAGCGACAGGUUAAAGCAGGAGGUCUUAAUGGCCGUCCUGAGAAGCUUCCCGAUGUGUGCUACACUUGGUGGGUUCUCUCAAGUUUGAUCAUGAUUGAUAGAGUUCAUUGGAUCAAUAAGGAAAAGCUUGCCAAGUUCAUUUUAGACUGUCAGGACAUUGAGAAUGGAGGAAUUUCUGACAGACCAGAUGAUGCAUGUGAUGCCUACCAUACAUACUUUGGUGUGGCAGGUAUACAAUUGCUUUGGUUCUUCAAAUAUAAUCCAAAUGGGGCAUCCACUAAAUCCUUAAGAAAUGUAAUCCAAUGGGGAUUUAGUGGAUGCCCCAUUACAAAUAUUAUCACUGCAGUGGUUCAGUUUAGUUCACCUGGGAGUUAUGUGCAGACAAGCACUUCAGUAGGGAAUCCGAUGCCAAAAUUUACUGGGGGACUGCACAUUGAAAUCAUUCCUAGAGCAUGA